CUGAAGAAUAUUCAGGCUAUGCAGCUGAAUUCAGAUAAUCCAUAUCAAGAUGAUUAUUAUUAUGUGAUGUACAGCGUGAAACAACAGCGAAAAAGGGAGGAGGAGGUCAUGUCUAUAGAUGGGCUUCAGCUACUGCUUCCAGAUCGGGGAAAAGAUGGAGGGCGGGAAUAUGAACCCCCGAGACUGGAGAAUUCUCUUGGGAAAUUGCAAGUUGUGAGUGUCAAUGCUCCCAGGAAGAUAAUAGACUUAGAGGUUGUACAUCUUGAUCCAUCGCAUCCAACUACUCCUCUGCAGAGAGAAAUGAGAAAGCACAGGCAUAUGUUGCUACAUAUUGAAAAGCUUUAUAAUGUAAUCAUGGAUCUUGACGAUUUGGAAAGGAAGAUACGCCACUUACCAGACUGUCCAACCAGAGACGUCUACAAAACAAAGUCUCGUCAGCAGGCUGUUAAGUUGUGGGAAACAUGUACUUCACCCCCAGAGAGAUUAUUGCAGCUUCUGUGUAUCAGGAAAGGAAAGAGUUUGUUGCAUCGACUGUUGAUGUGGCUGGAUGACAGUGCUUACACCAAGUUAGUGUGUACUAUACUGCAAAAUAUGCCUGUGUUGACAAAGAAGGAUACACAUGAUCAGCUCUUGACCCUCUUCUGGCCCAUCGCAGACCGACUUAUUGCUUCUGCAAAUGAUGGUAUACUACUGGAGAUAGCCGAUAUUCUUGUUCCACGGGGAUGUGGGGAAGCACCACAGAAGACAAAUUUAGUCUCCGCUCUCUAUAACAAGUAUGGGGUAAGCCUGAUUUUGGCUCUAAUGGUGCGUGGAGAGCAGUUGGCUUAUGACUUUAUAGGAUGUGGCUUUUGGCAAGAGUACAGAUGGCAAAAUUUCUUGGAGGGCAUCGUGAAUGCUCUUGUUUCUCUUCCUGAUCCAAACAACAAGUCAUCCAGUGAUGUCAACAAGUCCUCAAGUGAGCUUCCUCAGGCACUGCCAUCAGUUGCUCUGGACUGCUUCCCCUUUCCGACCAGCUGUUCAUUUAUCAGGUGCUCCGGAGUGGAUCCACAUCUUUUGAACUUGAGCCAGAAGAGAAUGGCACAACUGGAGGCUACUCAUACCAAGUCAACCACAACUCAGAGUCCGGCCAAAUGUUAAUCCUAGGAAAUUUUAGGAUGAAAUGGGAUUUCUGUUUUAUUUAACAUAAAUUAUGCUUUAACUUUGACUUUUCCAUAGGGCCUACAGUUUUAUUAUCUGUAAUAAUAUUGACAAUUCAGAUCUGUAACACGAAGAUUAUGAAUUAUAAGUUAACAUUUUAUGAAAUAAGUUAAAAUCAGAACAAUUUUGAAGACAGCUUUGUAGCUUUUUUAUAAGCUUCCCAAUUUCUUUUGUGUCGGCCACCUUCAAGUCUCAACAUUUUCAAAAAUUUAAACUGGCCCGUAGGUAAUUACUUUCCCUUCCCUUUUUACAGCCAUUCAUAAUACAAAAAUUCACUAAUGAAUUUUUUCAUGCUAAUAAGGAAGAAUGCAAUAACCCUGUUUUAGUGUGUCACGCAAGGUUAGGAAUCUAUACUGUGUCGUCUAUAGUUGAAUAUUAAUGGUUCAUAAUGUCGUUAGUAUUAGGUAAUGAGCUUGUUAGAAGUGGUGAAACUUACACAAGAGGUUCUGUAUUUGUCAUUCGUGGAAUGUGUGUGGUAUGCAUGAUGCUUUUUUCUGGUUGUUUAUUUGAAUUGUUUCGAAAAUGGUGACUUAUAGCAAGGUUUUCUCACUCUUCUUGCUCAAAAUCUCAUUCCUGACACAUACUCUCCUGUUUACUAGAUGUUAAGAUCAAUUAUACUAAAUGUUCAAAUCAACUUAUUGGAUUUAAGCAGUGACAGGAUGAUUGGACAGUUAUGGAUUUUUGAAUUGACUGUACUUUAUAGUACUUGACUACAUAUUGUUUUUUCCUUGUAUCACAAAAUUUACAUGAAUGGCAAGAUUCUAGUGAAAUGUUACCUGACGUACAAGGGUAUCUUAUAAGAUAUCAUCGUUUAUUGCCUCGGUUUCAGUUUUUUUGCAGUGCUGUGUUUGAAGGAAUACUAAAGCUGUCUGAAGGUGUGCUGCAGCCCUUGCAAUGGGUUGCAGAUUAUGAAUGAAAUCCACCAAUAGAAUAAUCUGUUCUUGGUUUUGUACGAGUAACUGGAGGAUGUCAAGAGAUGUGAAAUGGAAGUCAAACAGCAGCUGUACAGAAGUGUGGGAGGGUGGCCUACACUACUAGUGUGGGUAAGCAAGUUUUCAGUGUUGCACAGUUUCAAGUUCGUAAAUGUUAAGUAACCACCAUCGUUUGGCUUACAACAAAAUUGUUUGUUUCAUCAGUCCAUUAUUUGCAGAUUUGUUUUUCCAUAUGUUAUUUUUGUGCUGCUCCUUUUGGUAUUUAGGGAUGUUACCCUACUGUGAUACACAGUAUAUGAAAAAGGUGUUUUGCUUUUAUUUUCCAACUAAUAAAUGACUCACAUAGUUAAUGUGAUCUGUUAAAACACUUGUUCGUCAUAAUUGAGUUAAUUUUUUAAAAUUAAAUACGCUUUGGUAUUGGAAUGAAGAAGAACUUGUUUAUACUCUCAUGACAUACAGCCUCUUAAUUUUUACUUGUAAAUGAAAAGGUUGUUCUUAAAGCUAUUGACAAAGUUUUUCUUGUUAUUUAAAUUAUACACAGUUUUAUAAAUGGCUCUAAUAAUCAUUUUAUGUUUGGUGGCAGGGCGUUGAGUAUUUGUAAUUAGCUAUUGUACCCUUACUGGGUCUGUGGGGCGAUAUUGGUUAAGCCCAGGCUACAUUUGUUUAUGGCCUUCCAACACAGACAUCUACUCCCUGCCCACCUCUAUUUUUUUUCUAAAAUAAAUGCCAGUGGAACUGCA